AUGAAGUUUCUCUCAACCCUCCUUCUCUUCAUUGCGCCGGUCACUCUUGCUCUCCCUACCUCCGUCAUCACUGAAGCUCCAGUUGAGAACCAACUCGAGGCAAGGCAGUGCUUUGUCAGGUGUGGUUCCACAUGCUACACCAGCGCACAGCUAUCUGCAGCACGCGCUGCUGGAUUCAAUCACUACAAACAAGGAACCACAGCCGGCAGCUCUACCUAUCCUCAUAAGUACAACAAUCGCGAAGGGUUUGCCUUUAUUGCUUCCGGGCCCUGGCAGGAGUUCCCAGUAAAGACAUCCGGUGUUUAUACAGGAGGUUCUCCCGGUGCUGACAGAGUCAUCUUCAACACCAAUGGAGCCCGUGCUGGAGAGAUCACCCACACUGGCGCAAGUGGUAACAACUUUGUGAAAUGCAGCGGGUGGUAG